AUGACAGAAGACAACACGUCAGGAACCAAUUGCUGUCUAUAUAAGCGUAGGACCGCUUUCGUGACCGUCGCGCUCUGUGGUCUGGUUGGUUUUGUACUAGUAGCUGUCUUGGAGCUGCCGUGGAAAGUCAAGAGGACCAUGCAUUUCGGCGACAUCGCUAAUAGGCUGAUUACGACCAAGAACAUAUCCGACGUGCCUGAUAGGCUGAUCCCUACCAAGGAAGCUGAUAACCUAUUUUUAACCACGAGUGCUAGUAGACUGCUUCCAAUCAAGGACCUUGUCGAAGUCAAGGAGUUUGAGUUAAAGACAUAUCCUCCAUUAAUUGAAGAUGGUGGAGAUCUCGUCGUAUCGUGGGAGAGAAACAACGCGAUGACCUUGACAGAUCACGAUUGCGUGACGCUGAGCUGCGGUCCAACGACGGGUAAAGGAGACUAUCUUUAUAAUAAGACGGUACGUGUGUCCGACCUUUCGGUCAGAUUCUCGUCGCUCUACAUGAUGCGCUGCAAUUACACGGCGAUCUACUAUAAUUACGAGGAGAUGUCGGGCAAACAUAAGGCCAUUGCAAAGGUGGAAGCAAGAAUGAAGGAGCCGCCGGAGACACCCAAGCAUGGUCACUUGAGUUUCACGGACGAUGAGAAGGCGAUGGCAAUUAUGUUUAAUUCAGGGACUUCAAAAACACCUAUGGUUAAGUAUGGGAUGAAGCCGGAAGAUCUCAAGUUUUAUGCAACGGGGACGUCCACGACCUACGGCGCCGAUGACAUGUGUCAAGCUCAUGCGAACACUGUUGCACAGUCACAUUUCCGUGAUCCGGGCUACAUGCACACAGUUAUCAUGACUGAUUUGAAGCCCAAUACCUACUACUUCUAUCAGUACGGACACGAAGAGCACGGACUGAGCAAGGUGCAUCGAUUCAAGUCACGACCUUUGAGUAGCUAUAAAUAUGCAAGCUUCAUUGCAUAUGGAGACAUGGGAGCGUUCGCAGCGCCUUAUGGUGGUUCAGAGUCUACUGCUGCUAGAGUUUUUAAGGAUGUGAUUGAAGGGGAAUACGAUUCGUUUUUGCUGCACUUUGGCGAUAUCAGUUAUGCUCAAUCCCAGGGCCACGUCUGGGAUAAAUUCUUCCAUUUGAUCGAGCCGUACGCAACCAUAGUGCCGUACAUGGUGGGCAUUGGAAACCAUGAAUAUGCUACACCGAAGGCGGAAAGCAUGACCUCAGCGGAGGUAUGCUACCAUAUGGAGGCAGCUUUAACCCUUCGUGGGGAAAUUUCCAUACCGAUUCUGGAGGAGAAUGUGGAGUGCCUAUGCAUCACCGGUGGCACGUCCCUAAGACAGGAAAUUGGAUUUACUGGUACAGCUUCAAUUACGGGGGCAUUCAUGUAG